AUGAAUUCCCCAAUACCAAAUGGAAUGCCUGCUCACCACGCCGGUCUACCUCAAGACCAGUUCCAUAACCAGAGUAUGACAGGCAUCCUCAACCAUCAAAACUGGCCGUCGAUGAACCAGAACCAAUAUUCUCAUCGACCCCAGAAUCAUCAAUGGCAACAACACCAACAGUGUAUCCAGAAUGGUCACCACACGGCUCAGCAGCACCAGCCAAAUAGUAACGUGCCAACUGCACCGAACGUGAACUCAAUUCAGCACGCGUUCCCCAAUCCAAGUUUUGAUCUCGCGUCUGUCGUUCCACAGCAGUUCAUGCAGGACUUUCUUCGCCUAACAAUUCCAGUCGGCCAGUCACCUAACGACGAUUCUAUCCUUGCUCAAGCUCUUUUCGACUGCAAACAGUCCGGGAAGACGUACAGACAGGCUCUGGAAGGGUUACAUGGUGUUAAUAAUCAUGCUGCCAACCUUUGGAAAGACUAUUACCUCGACCACCAUGACCGUUUCGAUGUCCUCGUCGCUCGUCUAGGAGAAAAAAGCCGAACAUCAAAAGCAGUCAAAAAACCUUUUACUUCCAACCACGCAUCUACCUCCGCGACAAAGUCUGCUUCCCCUCUAAACAAUCGUGAUCGCGAUUCACGAAAGAGACAGCCUUCACCUUCCCCACCACUCCGACAAAGUCGACCCCCCAAACGCUCUACACCUACCGCCAUCAGCACAACCCCGUCCCUAGGCUACCGUCCUCCAAAACGCCCCCGAGCAACCCUCAACUCUCUCUCUGCACCCCUCCUCCCGACAAACCUUCCCUCCAAGCUUAUGCCACUUCAAGCAGAUAUUACUUUGCCCCCUCCACCGUCACGAAGCCCUACGCCCCCAACAAGAAUCGAAGCUGGAACAAAUGGGAAUAAGUAUACAGAGGAGGAUCGCGCGUAUUUCUUGAACUUUAUCAGUUGGAGGCUGAGUCAGGAUGCGAGCCUGACGAAGAAAGAGUUGUGUGCGAUGUUGAGUGAAAAGGCCCCACAUCAUAGCGCACCCUCCUGGGCAUCUCACUGGCAUGCCAGGCAUGACAUUGCAGACAAGAUCCUGUAUUCCUUCCAGGGCGCCGAUGACGAAGAUGAAGAUGGAGAAGAAGACGAUGAAGACGAUGCCAACUCAGACUCUCCAAAUGCGCCAUCCGAUGUAGUUGAAGACUCAGAAACUGAAGUCAUUCGACAGACAACAUCCACGCUUCGUCGCACAAAACCGGCUGCUCGUGUCCCAAGGACUAAGAUGGUCGCGUCCAAACGGGGCGCCUCUUUCUCGCAACCUUCCCCUUCUCCCUCGUCUGGCAAUCACGAUGCUUCCGCCACGACAGAUACUGACGAAGCAGACAUGGGAGCCAUUGGUGGUUCGUUCACACCUGCGGAUUGGAGGAUCGUAGCCAGGUAUGUUGCGCGCACUCCGGGAUGGAAUGACAUGGUAGGUCGGGAACGAUGGGAGGGUUUUCUUGAGCAGUUCCCGGAUAGCGAGAGAUCAGACAAAUCAUGGUCUGAAUUCUACAGAAGGAAUGAAGAUGCCAUCAUGUCCCUGGCAGCCCACUACAAAGGUACAAAGUGGUCGAGUAAUAAUAAUAGUAUCAAAAUGCAGCAAGGGCGACCGAGUUGGGCCCGCAAUCGGGGGCGGCAAAGCACAGAAGGAACAGAGGAGAAAGGAUCGGAUGAAGACGGCGAUUAUGAAACAGACGAUGGUGAACGGUAGGGGGAUAUGCGGCAUAGAAGUUUUGCCUGUAGUCUAUUAUGAUUUGCUGGAGCUAGUACAUUGGUCGAUAUUUUGAUGGCCUUGGCAGGGUACAUACGACUUUUCUGGUAAUGAUCUUCUUUUUGCAAAUCCGUCUG